AUGCCGGAAGGAUCUCGUCCAUCUUCGGUGCCUGACCAUCAUGUGGGAAACCCUUCGUAUGCGGCUCGAGCGCGCGCUGCUUCGAGUGUUUUUUGGGGGGAAAGACUGCAUAUGUACCUGUUUCCAAACUUAGGAACAGUCACCACAAGUAGCCAAAGGUUUACCUUUCCUUCUUCGCUUCUUCCUUGCGCUCCAGAAGCGGUGGUGCAUGUCCUACUCAUGGUCAUGAGCGUGGGUCGUGUCCCUCACCUCCCCUGGCGUCAUGCAUCAGCUCCGAACCCUGGGCCUUCAAACACGCCGUGUCCUCUGGCGUAUUACUCCAUUCCGAUGGCACCAAAGCACAUGCUACUCCGUGCAGUCCAAGUUGUUGUGUUGCACGCCUAUGUAUAA